AUGUUCGCCUGUUUUUUGUUGGGCAGUGCUGUGGCCUACACCCUAGUGAUGGUUAUUUAUCGUCUUCAUUUCCACAAGCUCAGUAGGUUCCCGGGGCCUCGGCUUGCUGCAGCAACAGGGUUGUAUGAGAUUUACUUUUCCGCCUGGGGUCCUGGCAUUUUCAAGUAUGAGAUUGAAAAUAUGCACCGCAAGUUUGGUCCUGUUAUUCGUAUUACCCCCGAUGAGGUCCACAUCCAAGAACCGUCCGGGACUUCCAGCUAUUCAGACAGCUGGAUCAAAGGUACUCGCGAGCUGGAAUCUGGCCAUCACCAACCAGGACGCAGCACCCAUAGUUUCCAGUACAAGAGACCAUUAAUCUCCCGAGUACGAUCGAUGCUCCAAGUGGAAGUCAAUCAUAUUAUCAGCAGCUUGAUCGAGAAGCAUCAAGUUCAUAGAAUGUUUAGCUCACGGCCACAAUUUUCUCUGGUGCCCCCCUGGAGUGAGAAGAAAGUUCAGCCACUCGGAAAAAGCGCCAUUGAAGACGGAGCUCGUUCUUAG